AUAGACUGGCAGGAUGGGCGGGGCCGGGGAGACUAUUGAUCCUGUCCUUGGGGUGGUGUGAGGCGUGCGUGGGCGUGAUGCUUUUCUAUGGGUAGUGUUCGUGGCUCCUGAUGGGGUACAAGGGACUCAGGUUCCUGGGGUGAGCUCAAGCCGCCCUUGGUGUUGAGUGAGCGGGUCCCGAGGCGGAGUUCCCUGUGCGGCGAGGGAAGGCGAGAGCUGGUCCUGCGCACUGCCCCGCCUGCGUCUCUCUUACGUAAAAAAUGUCUUACUCAUUAGAUUAUUUCAUUCUCCCCGUACAGUAAGUGGUAAAGAGUCCUCCAUAGCUAAUACAAGAUGGAGGUGCUAUAAUUGUGAAGAUAAGUGUAAUGAAAGCUGUACUCGUUUCCUGUUUUGUCCUUCCCCUCGGUGGUGUGCGCAUGCCCGGCGCGGCACACGAGCGCCAUCUUACUUGGCAGGGAGGAACGUAUCUCAGUAUCUUGUUAUGCCUUGGUGGAAGUAUUCGCGGAGAGAGUAGCUGCCGCCCGCACUCUUGAAUAUGAGCCGCGCCUCAGCCCACCAUGCCCGCCAGUGACGCUGUAGUGCCACAGCCCGCCCUGCUGCCGCGCUCAUCAUGAAGUCAGUUUCCUGAGUGUUGCUUGUGUCGGGCGGAGGAGGCUCGCUGCGGCCUGGCAUGGUAGACGGCGCCCCUUGGGAGUGAUCCAUACCUGUGUGAAGUGCAUCACUUUGUUGAGUAUUUGGUCACGGCUCAGAUCUGACAGCGAUGACGGCAGAAAAACAGAUUUGCUGUGGAAUAUGUAUCUGCCAGCUGACAGCCAUCCUGUCUGGGGUGUCGCUGCUGUACCUGGCCGUUAUCGUCAUUAUCCCCUCCAAGAAUGAACUCUCCAUGGAUUUCAAUAUGACGCCUAUAAUGUGUACGACGGUCCUGGCGGAGGACAUCGCGCUGAAGGACACCAAGCCUGACACUCCUGACGCCUGCUCCUGGACCACCUGCGGUGAGUGGUGUCUCUCCAAAGGCUCCGGCACCUGCAUGCAGAUCCACGUGAUGGCCCGCAACAACGGAUCCAAAGUCAACUUCCGUAACUGUGUGGACACCUUAGACCAAAACUGCUCGGCCCUCAACGUGAGCAACACCCGCAACUACAAGUGCAAGAAUGGCGAGUGCAAAGACAUCACGGGCCUGUUCCACUGCACCAAAGACAUUGAAAACAACGAUUGCAAGGAAAUCACACCCGCGUUCAUCUGUCGUGACAAGAGGAUUAACCCCAAGUCCAUCGAGUGCAAGGAGAAGUGCUCUGACCCGCUGGACGGCGUGUACAGCUGCAAGAACGGCAAGUGCCAGCAGCUGGAGAAGGUGAAGCACUACCUGCGUGAGUGUGAGAGGAAGUGCACCGACCUGGAAAUGCGAGAGAGGAACGUGGUGAUCUUCAGCCGCGAGAGGCUGGUGGCCUCGGCUUGCACCUCCAUGGACUCCCCCGACAACAGCUCCUCCGCCAACAUCGAGAGCGUGAGCAGCAGCCAGGAGUGGCGGGACAAGCGCCAGGCAAUAUUCCUGUUCUGCUCUUACGUAAAGAGAGUGAAGGGCAACAAGACGUACGACAUCCUGACGGAGGACUGCUUCAACGCCACGCUGGGCAGCACCGAGGACGUCAGCCACCUCAAAGACUACAUGCAGCUGCUGCAGCUUCACCAAUCCCUGGGAAACCGUAGCGACUGGAUCAUCCAGCCGGAGUCCACGCUGCGUGUCAUGAACAACACUCAGCUGCGGAUCAACAACGACGGCUGUGUCAACACACUGAUGAAGGAAUGCAAGGCUUUCUUCGCCACCCACGCCCACGAUGGCUCGGAUGGCGUCACCCAGGACCGCUUCCCCUGCUAUUUCACCGACAAAAGCAGCGAAUACGUCAUCGGCAAAUUCAACCCAGACCUAACGGCCACGCUCCUACUGGUGGCGAGCAUCCUGCCGGGCUGCCUCUUCGUGCUGGCCUGCUCCUGCCUCUUUUUCUGUUCCAAAUCGGUAGGAGUGGACGACGAGGGCCACCUACGGGUGACUUUUCUGCAGGGCGGGGGCGCAGGAGGUAACGCUAGCGAGCUGUGAGCCCUCUCCUUGUGUAUCGCUCAUCACCAAUAAAGAACCAGUGCAGUUUGACGAACUGUUGUGACGGUGCACACGAUCAAGUGACUACACGCUCAUCCCCAACCAGUGAGCACCAGUACCCUCGCCCCUCUCAGUACUCACGAUCAAAGUAUUCAGAUAGCAUA